GAUGAGGGUUUUGCAUCUGUCGCACGCCGAAACUGAUCGGAAGAAAUGCAAUCGUUUUGUGGUAGAAUCAGAUUCAUCGCAAAGAACGCCAUUAAUUGCCCCCGCCGCAGUCUUGAUUCCUCAUCUUCUAGGGUUUGCUCAUCUCAAGCCAAUGGCCAGCUCCUCUUUUCGCCACUGUUGACAAAAAGUUAUGGAUCCUCAAGAGAGUUACCAGCUUCAUGCAAAAUUACCGGCAUGCCCUCAGUAGCAUCACCCUACAGAGAAUCCAAGCCGGGCUUCUUUUUGGGGUCUCAGAUUUUGACUAACAGGGGCAUUACAACAUCAAAUGUUUCACAAAAUUCUGACCCGGAAAAUGCUUCGGCUACUCCCGCUGAGGUUACACCUCGCAUCAAAUUCAAGAGGCUUGAUAAAACAGCCAGACACAUAAUGCAGAUACUUGAUAGAGAAGCAGUGGAGGAAGUGCGCACACAUAGAGAAAUACCUGAUAUAAGGCCAGGUUAUAUAAUCCAGCUCAGAUUGGAAGUACCCGAGAAUAAGAGACGUGUGUCAACAGUGAAAGGAAUUGUGAUAGCAAGACGUAACGCCGGUCUAAAUACGACAAUUAGAUUAAGAAGGAUGGUUGCAGGAGUUGGGAUCGAGUCUCUGUUACCUCUGUACUCACCAAAUGUCAAAGAGAUACAGAUUUUGGACAAGAAGAAAGUGAGGAGGGCAAAGCUUUACUAUCUCAGGGACAAAAUGAAUGCACUCAAGAAAUAGUAACCGCCACAAUGGGUGGGUCUGGUUGCUGCGCGUCAAGUAUUAUUUUUGCUUAGCGAAUUUUACAAUCUUAAACUUAUUUCCUUUUCAUAUUUUUGCUUAGGAUUGUUACAAGUGAGACCGAUCUUUUGCUUAAUAAUUAAACUAGAGUUGUGUGUUUUAUGCAUUUGAUUAGUGUUA